UGUCGAGCUGCAUCAGGACCAAACACCUCCAGGCUCAGCAACGCCGCAAAAAAAAAACCCCUUAUCCGGGUUUUUUUUGCAUCAAACCUCCCUGCGCUUGACCCACAAAGUGCCCUCCUACAGCCCAAGGUUUGGGGGUACCGCAGCACCCCAUUUCUUUCCACGCAGGUAAAAAGAAAUCCUUGCCAGCUCCUUGGAGGCUGAAAACGAUCAGUUAUCCCCCGAAUCCUGAGCUGGAAGCUGCAGAAUUGAAUCGGGAAUCACUGCGGGAAAUCUCCUGGGUUUAAUACAUCCCCGUCUUGGGGGUCCAGCGUGCAGGAUCCCCUCCUGCGCGUCCGCCUCUGCCGUCCUCCCCCUCCCUGGCGCGGGUGGGAGCCGCUGACUCAUCUGCCCAUCGUCUCCCCCCCCCCCACGACGAAGGGGAAUUCAUCGAGCGCUUCGAGGGGCUGCAUUGCAGACCCAGACGCGCCAGCAGACAAAAGCGACGCUGCGACGCCCGCGGCUUCCCAGCACAAAGAGCCCGGCCGGCAUCAAGUGCAUCCACCCGCCCACCCAUCCAUCCUCCACAGCCCGAAAAUGCUGGACACCAUCAGCAGCCAGUACGACUCCUUCAUCUACUGGAGGAUGCCGAUCCCGCGGCUGGACGUGGCGGAGCUGGAGGGGCUGGGGCUCAGCGACGUGGCCCUCUACAAACCCAAAGGAGGGCUGGGCAAGCUCGCCAGCGAGCGGGAUCGGGUCAGCCGGGACAUCUCCGAAGAAGAGGACAGUCUGCUGCAGUUCAACAGCUUUAAUUUCUGGAGAGCUCCUAUUGCCAGCAUUAGCUCGUUAGAUUUCGAUCUAAUUUGAAGCCCUCCUUUCUGCCUCACCUCACCCCCCUGCCCUCUCCCUCUCUGCUAGGCAUGCAAGGAUUUGGUUUUGUUGUUGGUUUGGAGGUUGGGGGGUUUUUUUGUUUCCGGGCAGUUUUUGACAUCGUUAAUUAACCCAGCAGUUCACCCCAGCCCUGACAGUGCUGGGCUCCCCGCAAAGCUUCCAGCUUUCUCCACCUUCUCCCUCUUUUCUCCCCUUUUUGCGGUAGCCCUGGAAACACCACGACAGUACAAGGAGGGGGUAACAGCACAGGGGGCAGAUACGAAAGGAGGGGGCAGGAACAGCCACCCCGUUGCCCUGCGUCCACACACCAGCGGGUGUGGGAGGUGCUGGGGGGUUUCUACUGCGCGACCGUGGGCGUCCCCAUGCUCCAGGACGAGCGUUUGAGCUCAUUUCUCAUGUGUUUUUUUAAGAAACUAAUUUGUGCAAAGGGAGCGGUGCAGGACUGAUGGGAAUCAUCUUCGUUUUGCAGACAGCAUCAUCCCUGCUCCUCUCCCAGGGAUGCAGAGACCCCUCUGCGCUCCCCUGGCCCAGUUUCUCCAAAAGCCGCUUCGUUCCUUAAUCUUCCCCUCGGGAUAAUCAAGGUGGGAGAGGCAGGGAUGUGCCCGGGACACGAGCACAAACCUCUUUCUUGAAAAUCACCUCUUUGAGCCUUGCGGCUUGAGCCCAAGCAGGAGAAAUGAUGGCCAGGAGGGUAAAUACACAUGGAAAUGCUCCAAACUUGCUCGGUGGGGUCAAGGCUGGACGUUCACUGCUUGAAAUUUGAUUUUUCUCCCUUUUUUAUCCCUUGUGUACUUUAUCCCAGGUGUGACUUCCGUCUGGGAUGGAGGCCGGGUAUAUUGUGGGGUCCAGAUGGGUAACGGGGGCUAAGCUGAAAGAUAAGAUGGAGAAUUUAGUUUGAUCUUACCCUGAAAUGAAAAUGUUUCUGGUUUCCCCACGCAAUUAAUCAACUGCUUUAAAAAUAACAACAAAAAAAAUUUGCUGCAUUCACUCAAGUGGAAGCCUUGCAUUUUCCUCGGGAAGGUUUUCACCUGUGCUCUGCACAGGCUGAGGUUUAUUUCUGAGCAUCAUCUCAAAAUGGGAAAAACCCCCCCCCAACCCUGAAUAAUUUUUGGCUUUUAAACUUUUUUUUCCCCUCAAUAUUGUUUUCUGGGAGAACGAACACGACUGGGUUGUCUUGAAUGUGCUUUUUGGGGGGUUAUUGGGGUGGUGUAGAGCAUCCUGAAACUGUUCUAAGAGUUGGGGGGGUAUGUGGCCGGAGGGAGGCUGAGGCAGCACUUAAAAGGUGCCCAAAAAUAGGCAAAUAUUGGAAAAAAUCUGCAUUCUAUAGUGAAAAUGGAGCGCAGCUCUCCUGUAACCUCCAGAAAUGACCCAGCCUGCUGACUUUGAACCACCCAUGUUAAACCAGAGGUGAAAAAUGUAAACUCUCCUAUGCAGGGCUGUUUGAUGUCUGUGUGCACAGCUGGGAAAACCCACAGGAGUAUUUAUUAUGAAACUUUAAAUAAAAUAAUUUAAAAACAUA